AUGAUGAAAAUCUUCUUCGCCGUUUUCAUAACUAUUCUCCUACCAGUGAUGAGUGAUGCUCGUUGUAGCUAUGGUUGCUCCUGUUCCGAUGAUAGUCCAUGGCAAAGAUGCUCAAGCUAUUAUUUUCAUCCUCGACAAUGUGGAAUCGUUUCAUAUUGCGAUCCCGAUUCAGGCUAUACUUGUCAAUUACAAAAGAAUUAUGGUGCAUCUUGUACAUACGAUUAUUCAUGUUUGUCUGGCAAUUGUGAUUUUUCAUCAAAGACAUGUCAAUCUAAAUCAUUCAAUUUUUUAUAUCCAAUUGUUAUACCGGCUGUAGCAGUCCUUUUUAUUAUCAUAAUCAUUAUUAUUUCGGUUAGCAUACGUCGACAAAGAAUGCGGGCAUUAGCACUUUAUCGAGCUCCCUAUGUGGUUCUACCAGCAGGUACUCCAUAUUCCUAUCAAAAUCCUUAUAUGGUUGCAGAAGUUCCACCGCCAGCUUAUCCAGGUGCUACACCAGCACCAAAACCGUAUCAAAGUGCAUAG